AGCUGGAGGCUGGAGAGGAAGGAGGCCACCAACCAGGAUACUGGGAGAGGGAGGAAGAGAUCAGGUCUCAGGGAAGGAGGAAGCUAGGAGUACGGCUGCAGCCCUCCGGGUGCUCUCUUCUGUGCACACAGAUGGCGUCGGGCUGCAGUGAGCUGGAAUCGGCCAUAGAAGUUCUAGUGCGUAAUUUCUAUGUCUACGCUGAAAAGAAAGGAAAACAAGACAAAAUGAACAAAAAGGAGUUCCGCAAGAUGGUGACUCAGGAACUGCAGCACGUGCUGACGAACACGCAGAACAAAGAAGCCGCCAACAAGCUCAUCCAGUCGCUGGACGCGGACGAGGACGGGAAGAUCAGCUUUGAUGAGUACUGGACUUUGAUUGGAGAGAUCGCUCGGAAGCUGAGCCAACAGAUGGCCAUGCAGGCCCAGGAGCGGCACUAGCAGCUAAGAGACUGCCUGUCAUUCCCCGUACAGCCAGCAGGGGGCAAUAUCCUUAUAGGAACCACUCAUUAAUGGGGAACACUGACAAAGAUGUUAUAUCACACAGGGAACAUCGUGGACUUUGUAUUCCCAGAGUCCCUCACUUCCAUAUGAGCCACGGAACAAAGCCUAGGAACAAAUCCCUGCUCUGUACAUCACCACCAGUUAUCAUAAGUGUUAUGUAGAGCCCUCUUCCUUCCCUCCUAUCACUGGAUGUCAGGAAUCCAUUGUCCUCUCACUACAGAUAGGUCGGCCAUUUUGCUCCCUGCAGCAGUGGGUCACCAUGGUAACAUGGCCACCAGUGAGAUCCUGGUUCCAUGCCACCGUGACUCUACCUAUUGUCACCAAUGCCCGGUGAUUGGGAAGUGCAGGAAUGGGAAAUGGUGUAUUCUCAGAGUAAUUCAUUGAAGUUGUUGAUCGAUGUCCGUCUUGUGAAAUAGCGUAGAAUUGGUGAGAGCCAGUGGCAUUUCUCUUAUCCACGUCCGUAUUGUGGUGACAAUAAAGCUGUGUAUAUUUUCUUUGAGUUAUUCUAAUAA